UGGACUGUUAAGUUGAAACUUAUAAGAAAGAAAAAAGAAAAAGAAACCAUUUCAUUACUCAAAGGAAGAUAGAUAGAUUCUUCUUCUUCUGAAACCACAAGGGGUCCUCAUCUUCUUCCCACAAAAAAAAAUAUAUUCUAGGGCUCAAAAAAAUUUAUAAAAAAAAAAUUGAAUUUUCAAAUGUUCCCUUUCAAUUCAAACCCUUACCCUUCUUUUGUUCCUAAUUCAUCAGCUUCUUCUUCAUCACUUUUUUCUUUUCCUUUUCUCAAUCCUGAAAAUGCUUCUUCAAGUAACAACAGCAACAACAACACUCUUUUUCUUGAUCCAUUUUCUAUUCCAUACAUACCAACUCAUCAUCAUCAUCAUCCUCAUCAUCAUAACAUUACAAAUAUCCAAGAAACCCUAACCAAUUUAGCUGAAAAUAAUAAUAAUAGUAAUAAUAAUAGUAAUAGUAAUAAUAAUAAUAAUAAUAAUAACAUUGCAAUUCCAAUGGCUAAACAAGAUCCUUCAACAAUUGGUGGUGGUUCUCACUAUGGAAUUUCUUGUUUCCUUGCAAAGAAACCACCAAAGAAAGAUAGACAUAGCAAGAUUUACACUUCUCAAGGUUUGAGAGAUCGAAGGGUGAGGCUUUCGAUCGAGAUCGCUCGAAAGUUCUUCGAUCUUCAAGACAUGUUAGGGUUCGACAAAGCUAGCAACACACUUGAUUGGCUUUUCACAAAAUCAAAAAAAGCAAUUAAAGAUCUAACAAAAAGCAAGCAAAAAAACAACAAUGAAGAUGGUGAUGAUGACGAUGAAGAUGCUAAAAGCUUCACUUCUUCUUCGGAUUGUGAAGUUGUUUCGGAUAUCAAGCAACAUUCUUCAAACCUAAAACAAAACCAAGAUGGUGAUGGUGAUUUUUCUAAAGAGAAGAAGUUGAAAAGGGCACAAAUCAAAGAAUCUUCUUGUAUUAGGGCAAAUAAGAUGAAGGAAUCAAGGGAGAAAGCAAGAGCAAGAGCAAGAGAAAGAACAAGUAACAAGAUCUCAAACAACAAUAAUACAUUGAAGAUUCAUCAAUUAGAGUUGAAGAAAAAGUACCCUACAACAAAUGAAAAUUUUCAAGCUUUUCACCAAUCUAGGUCAUCUUUACAAGAUCAUCAACUUGUGAGUAGUAGUGAAACACCAAGAGAUGAUUUCAAUGUUAUUGAGGAAUCAAUUGUGAUUAAGAGGAAGUUGAAGCCAUCUUUGAUGGUUUCUCAUCAUCAUCAUCAUCAACAUCAAAAUCAUGUGAUCCCUAAGGAAGCAACAAAUUUCAACAAUAGUGAGUACCAUUCAUACCCUAAUUCUUCACCAAAUUGGGAUGCAAGUAAUAAUAGUGCUUCUUCCUCUAAUCGAUCCACCUUUUGUGCUAUUGCUAGCAUGAAUCUUUCUACAGGGCUCCAAAUAUUUGGAAAAUCAUGGGAGGAAUGCACCAAUCCACGUCUACAUUAGGUUUAGUUUUUUUUUUUUUUUUUUUU